AUGAGCGAGAUUCUCGUUAUCACCUGCCCUAGUGGCAAACAAUGCUCGCAUCUCAUUCCUCUGAUCUAUCAGAAAACACAAUUCAAACUUCGACUUGCCGCCCAUUCGCACGACUCUGCAUCGAAACUACAGACCAAAUACCCCGAGGCAGAAGUAGUCGUGUCUGAUAUCUCAUCGUUGGAUGAGUGCUGCAAGCUCCUAAGCGGCGCGACGACAGUAUACCAUGUUGGGCCGUCAUUCCACUCGCGCGAGACCGAAAUGGGAUUCAAUAUGAUCAACGCGGCCGUGGCCGAAAGCCAGACCCCAGGAAAUAAAUUCCGACAUUUUGUCUUCUCUAGCGUGCUGUGCACACAGCAUCGCAAUCUGAUGCAGCACGACCUCAAGAGCCGGAUCGAAGAGCGUCUGAACCUCAGUCCUUUGAACUUCACCAUUCUCCAACCCACCAACUUCAUGGAUGCGUACCCGGUUGCGGCGCUCGCUAGCCAGUCGAGUCCCUCCCUCGAGAGACUCUGGAACCCGGACGUCCCCAACAGCAUGAUCGCGCUCCGGGACCUGGCUGAGGCUGCGGCCCGCGUUCUGCGAGAGGGAGAGCCGCACUACCUUGCCCAGUAUCCUCUGUGCUCGACGCUGCCGAUCUCGGAUACGGAGGUUGUGAAAGUGAUUGAAAAGCACACUGGAAAGAGCAUCGCAGUCCAUGUCCCCAGCUUUGAGACGGGCGUGCAAAAUGUUCUGAAAUUUUUGUUUGGGGGUAAACAGCCCGGUCAUUAUGUGGGCGAACUUGUGGAUCAAGAUUUUCUUAGUCCGGCCGCUGAUGGUGACCUGCGCCCUGAUAUCACCCGGGAUGAGGCUGAGAGACUCAUUUUGUUCUACAACCGACGUGGCUUGAAGGGUAGUCCCAAUGUGCUGCGGUGGUUGAUUCAGCGGGAGCCUACGACGGUGGAUGAAUGGGUUCAGAUGCAACUCAACUCUACGGUGUGA